GUCACUGUCAUCCAUAAUGUAAUUUUUUUAUUAAAAUGCUAGCGACGAAACGAAGCUCGCUAAAUUAAUAUAAUAAUUUUGCCAAAUUUCAAUUUGAUUAAAUUAUUGACAUAAAAAAUACUUAUCUACUCACCUAUUUCGACUUCUAAAUACAAAAUCCUUUAUUAAAAUGUCCUUGGCGGAUGAAUUAUUGGCUGAUUUGGAAGAAAACGAUGAUGGUGAAUUGGAAGCCGCAAUCGAAAGUAAAACCUCAAAUGAUCCAUCCCAUGAGUUUGCUGUUCCUUAUCCUGUUAUCCCUAAAGAGGAAGAAAUAAAAAAUGUUUCUAUUAGGGAGUUGGCCAAGUUAAGAGACUCAGAUCGGCUCAAACGAGUGAUUACUGAGAUAGAACAGAAUGUGGGGAACAAUCGAAAGAAAAUUGAAGUGACGGGAUUGAUGGAAUCUGAUCCUGAAUACCAGUUGAUUGUGGAAGCCAACAACAUAGCUGUAGAAAUUGAUGGAGAAAUUGCUAUCAUUCACAGAUUUGUUCGUGACAAGUACCAAAAGCGUUUCCCCGAGCUGGAUUCAUUGAUUGUGACUCCUUUAGAAUAUAUCCGGAGUGUGAAGGAACUUGGUAAUGAUCUGGACCAGGCUAAAAACAAUGAAAUUCUUCAGAGCUUCCUUACGCAAGCCACUAUUAUGAUUGUGUCAGUGACAGCAUCAACUACACAAGGGAAAAGAUUGAGCGAAAAUGAGUUGCAAGAAAUUUAUGAAGCUUGCGACAUGGCUGCUGAGAUAAACAAUUACAAGUCAAAGAUAUUUGAAUAUGUUGAGAGUAGAAUGACAUUCAUUGCACCAAACAUUACUGCUAUUGUUGGUGCAUCAACAGCAGCGAAAAUUCUGGGAGUCGCUGGUGGGUUGUCAAAGCUGUCCAAAAUGCCGGCUUGCAAUGUUCUACCACUAGGGCAGCAGAAGAAGACACUCUCUGGCUUCUCACAAGCCGCUGCAUUACCACACACUGGUUUUAUUUAUUUCUCACAAAUUGUUCAGGACACUCCACCUGAACUGAGGUACAAGGCAGCGAAGUUGGUAUCAACUAAACUUACGCUGGCUGCUCGAGUGGACGCCUCGCAUUCCAGCACAGACGGACACAUCGGACGGCAGCUACGGGAAGGCAUUGAGAAGAAACUGGACAAAUUACAGGAGCCCCCCCCGGUGAAGUUCGUGAAGCCGCUGCCGAAGCCGAUCGAGCAGAGCCGCAAGAAGCGCGGCGGCAAGCGCGUGCGCAAGAUGAAGGAGCGCUACGCCAUGACAGAGUUCAGGAAGAACGCCAACCGGCUCAAUUUCGCUGACAUAGAAGACGACGCGUACCAAGAAGACCUGGGCUACACGCGCGGCACGAUCGGAAAGUCGAGUACGGGUCGUGUGCGGCUGCCGCAGGUCGACGAGAAGACCAAAGUUCGAAUCAGCAAGACCCUGCAGAAGAACCUGCAGAAACAGAACCAGCAGUAUGGCGGCGCCACUAGCAUAAGGAGGCAGGUUUCCGGUACGGCUUCUUCGGUCGCCUUCACUCCAUUGCAGGGUUUGGAGAUAGUUAACCCGCAAGCUGCCGAAACUCGUGUAAAUGAAGCUAACGCCAAAUAUUUUUCCAACACUUCGGGUUUCCUCUCGGUGGGAAAAACUACUUGAAGUUCGGUAAAACUUAUAUUAAUUUGACUUACAUUUAAAUUUGUAUUGAUUAUGAAGUAUUUUCAAAUAAAAAUAGUAAUUAAGCGUA